AUGCCAGCGUUCUCGAGAAAUGAACGCCGAAAGUCAAUGGCCGAGCGCCGUCCCUCCACCUCGUACUCACCCUCGAUCAUCCCCCACUUGGACGGAUUGGAGCGUCCCAACAGACACAGCUUAAACAUCGAUCACUGUGACAUAUUGAUCUUGGGCACUGGUUUGGUGGAGCUGAUUCUCGCCGCUGCCUUGGCCUGGCAGGGCGUAGAAGUGCUCCACAUCGACAGAAACAACUAUUAUGGUGACCUGUCAUCGACUUUGACCAUCGACCAGUUGAAGAAAUGGUGCGUGGAAGUCAACCACGGCACCAUUCGCCACUUUGCUGAUGCUCAGAUCUACAUCCCAGGUGGAAAGCAUAACAACCACUUCAACAGUAAGGAUUACGGUAUCGACUUGAGUCCUCGAGUGAUGUUUGCUCAGCUGGACUUGUUGGCUUUGUUGAUUAAAUCGCGAGUGUACAAGUACCUCGAGUUCCAGAGCUUGUCCAACUUCCAUGUGUUCGAAAACGAUAACUUCAAGAGCAAGAUCUCCAACACCACCAAGGAGGACAUUUUCACCGAUCAGCUGAUGUCGUUGCAGACGAAACGCUCGUUGAUGAAGUUUUUAAAAUUCGUGUUGCAGGAUAACAAUGAUCCGGCAAAAAAACAGAUUCUUAUCGACAACUCCAAGAGUUCCAUCGAGGAGUUUUUGGAGUCAUCCUACAACUUGAAACUGCCUCAGGUGGACGAGCUCAUUUACUCAAUUGGCCUCGUCAACAAGAAAAACAUGCGCACACCAGUGGCUCUUGCUCGUAUCAAGAGAUUUUUGGUAUCUUUUGACGUCUACGGUAACUUCCCCGUGAUGGUGCUGAAGUAUGGUGGCCCUGGAGAGAUUUCCCAGGGAUUCUGCAGAAGUGCAGCCGUUGCUGGUACCACAUACAAGCUUGACACUAAGCUUAAGGACUUCGAUCCCGAGACUAAGAUCGCCAAGUUUAGCGACGGUUCCUCGGUAAAAAUUAACGAAAAGGUGGUAGUUGCCCCUACGCAAAUCCCCAAGUUCUUGACCUCUAGCUACUCCGACUUGGAGCUGCAGGUGGAAUCUUAUAAGGUGACUCGUCUCAUCACCGUUGUCCGCAAAGACUGUAAAGAAUGGAUGUCCGAGAACGAAUCAUCUGCCAUUGUUGUGUUCCCUCCAGAAUCCUUGCCUACAAAUAACCAGAGUGCUGUUCAGGUCAUCAUCCAGAACGGUGGUUCUGGUGUCUGCCCACCUGGAGAGUCUAUUUGGUAUGCUCAUACCUGUGAACAGGAUGGAGCCAAAGCCAAAGAAGACUUGGAGAGUGCUUUGAGCAAGAUGGAGAAGGCACUCUUACGAGAAAGUGCAACCAACCUUGAUGACGUUCUCAACGAGAACGACUUUGUGUUGAGUAAUCAAGGCACACCAAUCUUAGUGAACUCAUUUAAGUUGGGCGAGUCGUUACAAAGCUUUAUGCCUGAAGAAUCUUUGGAUAUUGUUUGCAAGAUUGCGUUCGUGCAAACCACUUAUAUCAACCCAGACCUUUCUAAUGUGUUAUCUGCCCUGACAGCUACAUCCACCAACAUCUCCAAGUUGGUUGUGAAGGAUUCGGAAGAUAUUAUUUUCCUGAACAUGCCUUCGUCUGAGGUGAGUUACGACGGUAUUAUUGGAGAAGUCAAGAUGUUGUACGAGAGAAUCACUGGCAGUAGUGAGGACUUCUUUGACGUGGAUUUUGAGGAUGAGGAAGACGAAUACUCGCGUGGAGCUGCUGGUGCGGUUGCCGAUAACGAGGAAGCUAUUGAAGAUUCCGACUACGACUCUUCGCACCAUGAACCAUUUGGAGCAGGGGAAAUGGAGCUUUAG